AUGGAUUGUGGAUCCUCUGCUCCUCCAUAUGGACGCGUCAACGACACCACAUCGACUAUUGGAACUGUGGUUGGCGUUGAAUGUGACUAUGGUCGACGACUGAUUGGCGAUUUGGUACGGGUUUGCCAAGUGACUGGAAAGUGGACAGGUUCCCCCUCGUGUACUUUAAUUGAAUGUGAUGAUCCAACACCAGAUAACGGCAACGUUAACGGCACGUCACGGUUGCUUGACCACGUUCUCUCGGUGUCGUGUACUAAAGGUUUCACGUUGACUGGAAAUUCCGUCAUACGCUGCAGAAAUGACAGUACUUGGAGUGACUACCCGAACUGCACUAUUGUUGAUUGUGGCGUCCUGCAAAUUGCAAAUAUGACCAUAAACCUCGAAAAUGUGACCACAUACGGGCAGAUAGCAGAUGUCAGAUGCAAUCAAGAUUUCAUACCACUUGGUUCAUGGACUGUGAAAUGUGAAGCUAGUGGCGUUUGGAAUCACACGCAUGUUCCAAAAUGUGAACUCAUUGAUUGUGGGAACCCAACGCCUACAAAGGGCUUAGUGAAUUCAUCAGAAACAACUGUCAAUGCAGUGGUCAGCGUUUCGUGUGAAAAUGGUUAUAUAAUGUAUGGCGACUCAGUCAUCACAUGUCUUAGAAACGGCACGUGGUCCGGUUACCCGAAAUGCGACCCUUCGGAUUGCGGCAGACCAGCGAUCGCAAAUGCUAAAAUAAUGACAAAUACAUCAACGUCCUUAAAUUCACAAGCAGUCAUCAGUUGUAACGAGGGAUUCAAUUUAGAAGGACCAAGUGUUAUCACAUGCACUGAAACUGGAUGGAGUGAUAAUGUUACAUGUUCACAAAUUGAUUGUGGAAAGAUGGAUGUUUCUAAUGGAAGAGUGAUCGGUACAUAUUCACAUUAUGGGGCUGUUAUUGAAGUGGAGUGUAAUACUGGAUAUUUUAUUCGGGGUGACAUCAAAUUAACAUGCCAAGGCACAGGUCAAUGGAGCAACAAUCCAACAUGUGUCAUUCAAGAUUGUAACAACGUGACCACACCAACCAACGGUAUAAUACUAACGAGUCCUGUUUUUACCACCUAUAAUUCAUCGUUGCGAUUUCAAUGUGAAUCUGGUUAUCAACUCAUCGGAAAUGACAUAUUGUGGUGUGACGCAGCAGGCAAUUGGAACAGUUCAGUUCCUACCUGCAAUCGAAAAUAUUGCGGUGAUCCUACCCCAGCAAAUGGUGAACUAAACGGGACGUCAUUCUACUAUACUGACGUGGUUUCUGUAUCCUGCAAAACUGGCUAUUCGUUGUCCGGCGGACCUGUGAUGAAAUGUCAGAGUAAUAGUAAUUGGACAGACUAUCCGACAUGUAUUAUUGUUGUGUGCGAGCAGAUUGACCUGAAAAAUGGUAGAGUGAUCGGCGCAACAAGAGAGUUUGAGUCAAGAGUUCAGGUGCAGUGUAAUAUAGGGUAUGAUCUCCAGGGUGACGAUAGACUUGUAUGUCAAGCCAACGGUCAAUGGAGUGGGAGACCAACAUGCGUCAUAAAAAAUUGUGGCAACAUUACCGUUCCAUCCAACGGAAUGCUCUACGAACAUGCCAUGGUGACAACAUAUAAUGCUCUCUUACGAUUUCGAUGUGAAGAAGGGUAUCUGCUGACAGGAAAUGACAUCAUGUGGUGUGCUGCUACAGGAGUGUGGAACAGCUCUGUUCCGACCUGCAUCCGAAAAUGUAAUAUUAUUAUUGUGUAA